AUGACGAAACCUCACCAAUGUCUAGUGUGUGAGAAAACCUUCAGCCGUUCGGGAUCUUUGAAGAAACAUUUGGCUAGUGCGAGUGAUCAGCCUCAUAAAUGUCCAGAGUGUGGGAAAAUCUUCUGUCAUCUUGUGACUCUAAGGUCUCAUGUGUUGGUGCAUACAGGUGAUAAACCUCCUGAGUGUUCAGUGUGUGGGAGAAGAUUCAGACACCGAGAAUCAUUAACAAGGCACAUGAUGCUGCAUUUGGGUAUUAAGCCGCAUGAGUGUCCAGAGUGUGGGAAAAGAUUCCGUCUACGUGAAUCCCUAACAAGUCACAUGAUGCUGCACUUAGGCAUUAAGCCACAUGAGUGUCCAGAGUGUGGGAAAAAAUUUAGUCAUGUUCAAUCUAUACGCAGGCAUAUGAUGUUGCAUGUGGGCAUUAAACUGCACGAGUGUCCAGAGUGUGGGAAAAACUUUGGUCGUCUUGAAUGUAUGAAGACUCACAUGUUGGUGCAUGUUGGUGAUAAACGUCAUGAAUGUCCUCAGUGUGGGAAAAGAUUCAUUCAACUUACAUCUAUGACAAAGCACAUGAAGAUGCAUAAAGGUGCUAAACUGCAUGAGUGUCCAGAGUGUGGAAAAAAGUUCACUCGUCUUAAUAAUGUGAAGAAGCACAGGAAUGUGCAUUCAGGUAUUAAGCCUCACAUGUGUCCAGAGUGUGGGAAAAGAUUCAAUGAGCCUGGAAAUAUGAAGAGGCACCUAGUAUUGCAUUCUGAUGGCAUGCCUUUUGAAUGUUCUGAGUGUGGGAAAAAAUUUAAGCAACGUAAUAGUAUAAUACUUCACAUAUUAACACAUCCUGGUGAUAAACCUCAUUAG